AUGGCCGCGUCGGCAGAUGUAAAUAAGCCUUCCCCAAGUCCGCCCGGGAUUCCAUCUGCAGACACAGCCAGCGAUGCCAUGGACCCCUUUCACGCUUGCAGUAUUCUUAAGCAGCUCAAAACAAUGCUCGAUGAAGGACAGUUGACAGACAUUGUAGUGGAAGUGGAUCGCGGGAAAACAUUUUCCUGUCAUAGAAACGUUCUCGCUGCCAUCAGCCCCUACUUCAGAUCUAUGUUCACUAGUGGCCUUACAGAAAGUUCUCAGAAAGAAGUGCGAAUAGUCGGUGUUGAAGCGGAAUCAAUGGAGCUAGUGCUGAAGUAUGCCUACACCUCCAGAGUUGUUCUGACAGAGGCCAAUGUUCAAGCCUUGUUUACUGCAGCGAGCAUCUUCCAGAUCCCUUCCAUCCAAGACCAGUGUGCUAAGUACAUGAUCAGUCAUUUGGACCCACAGAAUUCUAUUGGGGUCUUCAUCUUUGCCGAUCAUUAUGGUCAUCAGGAGCUCGGAUAUCGAUCAAAAGAAUACAUUCGUAAAAAGUUUCUGUGUGUCACCAAAGAACAGGAGUUUCUCCAAUUGACAAAAGACCAACUGAUAAGUAUACUAGACAGCGAUGAUCUAAAUGUGGACCGAGAAGAGCAUGUUUAUGAAAGCAUUGUAAGGUGGUUUGAAUAUGAACAGAAUGAAAGAGAAGUGCACCUUCCAGAAAUUUUUGCCAAAUGCAUACGUUUUCCUCUAAUGGAAGAAACCUUUAUAGAGAAAAUCCCCCUUCGGUUUGCACAGGCUAUAGCCAAAAGCUAUGUAGAGAAGGGACCAUCCAAUACUAAUGGCUGUACACAAAGACUGGGAAUGACUGCAUCUGAAAUGAUCAUAUGUUUUGAUGCUGCCCACAAACACUCAGGAAAGAAGCAAACAGUGCCUUGUCUCGAUAUAGCCACGGGAAGAGUGUUUAAAUUAUGCAAGCCACCAAAUGAUCUGAGAGAAGUUGGGAUUCUUAUAUCACCAGAUAAUGACAUUUAUAUUGCAGGAGGAUACAGGCCAAGCAGCAGUGAAGUAUCCAUUGACCAUAAGGCGGAAAACGAUUUCUGGAUGUAUGACCAUUCCACCAAUAGGUGGCUAUCCAAACCAUCCUUGCUUCGAGCCAGAAUAGGCUGCAAGCUGGUGUGUUGCUGUGGUAAGAUGUAUGCCAUUGGAGGGCGUGUUUAUGAAGGUGAUGGGAGAAACUCACUGAAAUCAGUGGAGUGCUAUGACAGCAGAGAAAAUUGUUGGACAACCGUUUGCGCAAUGCCUGUUGCAAUGGAGUUCCAUAACGCCGUGGAAUACAAAGAGAAGAUCUAUGUCUUACAGGGAGAAUUUUUCCUCUUCUAUGAGCCUCAAAAAGACUACUGGGGUUUUUUGACCCCUAUGACUGUGCCUAGAAUCCAGGGCUUAGCCGCUGUAUACAAAGACUCUAUCUACUACAUAGCUGGAACCUGUGGAAAUCACCAACGCAUGUUUACAGUAGAAGCCUAUGACAUUGAGCUAAAUAAAUGGACUCGUAAGAAAGACUUUCCAUGUGAUGAAUCCAUCAAUCCAUACCUUAAACUGGUACUUUUCCAGAAUAAACUUCAUUUAUUUGUUCGAGCUACUCAAGUGACUGUUGAAGAACAUGUCUUCAGAACCAGCAGAAAAAAUUCUCUUUAUCAGUAUGAUGACAUCACUGACCAAUGGAUGAAAGUAUAUGAGACCCCAGAUCGGCUCUGGGACCUGGGCCGGCAUUUUGAAUGUGCAGUUGCUAAACUCUAUCCUCAGUGUCUUCAGAAAGUACUUUGA